GUCGGCGGCAGCCGGGACCCCAGUCGUGCGGCGCGGGCCCGGGGAAGGGGGGAGUCCCUGGCCCCGAGGCCGUCGACGCUCCUGCAGCCCCGUCUGCUAGGCCCCGCACGGGAAUGUGGACACCUGCCCCGCCGAGGUGAGAUCACUGGACAAUGCCACCUGCUUUGUGGACAGUGUGGGUCUUGGGGUCUGUAAUCAGCCUCCCCAAGGAAGGAGCCUCUGAUCAGGCUUCUUCUCUGUCUUGUGACCCCACUGGUGUCUGCGAUGGCCGCUCCAGAUCUUUAAACUCCAUCCCCUCAGGGCUCACGGCAGCUGUGAAAAGCCUUGACCUGUCCAGCAAUGAGAUCACCUAUGUCAGCAACAGCGACCUGCGGAGGUGUGUGAACCUCAGGACUCUGAGGCUGGGGGCCAAUGAAAUUCACACGGUGGAGGAAGAUUCUUUUUUUUCGCUGAGGAGUCUUGAAUAUUUGGACUUAUCCUACAAUCGUUUAUCUUACUUCUCAUCCUCCUGGUUCAGAUCCCUUUCUGCCUUGAAAUUCUUAAACUUACUGGGAAAUUUAUACAAAACACUCGGGGAAAGAUCUCUUUUUUCUCAUCUCCCAAAUCUGCGAAUUCUGAAAGUAGGAAAUAGUAACAGCUUCACUGAGAUUCAGGAAAAGGAUUUCGCUGGGCUAACUCUUCUUGAGAAACUUGAGAUUAAUGCUCCAAAUCUGCAGACAUAUGCGCCGAAGAGUUUAAAGUCGAUCCGGAACGUCAGCCAUCUGAUUCUUCAUCUGAAGCAGCCUGUUUUACUGUUGGAGAUUUUUGUAGAUAUUUUAAGUUCCUUAGAACAUUUAGAACUGAGAGAUACUAAUUUGAACACUUUUCAUUUUUCAGAAGUAUCCAUCAGUGAAACGAAUACAUCGAUUAAAAAGUUUACAUUUAGAAAUGUGCAAAUCACUGACGAAAGUUUUACUGAAGUUGUGAAACUGUUUAAUUAUGCUUCUGGAGGCUUAGAAGUAGAGUUUGAUGACUGUACCCAUGAUGGAGUUGGUGAUUUUAGGACAUUGACUCUGGAGACAAUGAAACGCCUACGUGACGUGGAGACAUUAACAAUACGGAAGUUGCAUGUCCCACAGUUUUUCUUAUUUCAUGAUCUGAGUAAUAUAUAUUCACUCACAGGAAAAGUUAAAAGAAUCACAAUAGAAAACAGUAAGGUUUUUCUGGUUCCCUGUUUACUUUCACAACAUUUAAAAUCAUUAGAAUAUUUGGAUCUCAGUGAAAACUUAAUGUCUGAAGAAACCUUGAAAAACUCAGCCUGUGAGCAUGCCUGGCCCUUCCUAAAAACCUUAGUUUUAAGGCAGAAUCGUUUGAAAUCAUUAGAAAAAACUGGAGAAAUUUUGCUUACUCUGAAAAACCUGACUAACCUUGAUAUCAGUAAGAAUAAUUUUCAUUCAAUGCCUGAAACUUGUCAGUGGCCAGGAAAAAUGAAAUAUUUGAACUUAUCCAGCACAAGAAUACAAAGUUUAACCCGUUGCAUUCCCCAGACACUGGAAAUUUUAGAUAUUAGCAAUAACAAUCUCGAUUCAUUUUCUUUGAUUUUGCCAAAACUCAAAGAACUUUAUAUUUCCAGAAAUAAGUUGAAGACUCUACCAGAUGCCUCCUUUUUACCUGUGUUAUUAGUUAUGAGAAUCAGCAGAAAUAUAAUAAAUACUUUCUCUAAGGAGCAACUUGAUUCUUUUCAAAAACUGAAGACUUUGGAAGCUGGUGGCAACAGUUUCGUUUGCUCCUGUGACUUCCUGUCUUUCACACAGGGGCAGCAGGCCGUGGCCCAGGUCCUGAUCGACUGGCCAGAAGAAUACCUGUGUGACUCUCCAUCCUCCGUGCGGGGCCAGCGGGUUCAGGACACCCGGCUCUCGCCUUCUGAAUGCCACAGGGCAGCCGUGGUGUCUGCCGUGUGCUGUGCCCUUUUCCUGUCGUUCCUGCUCGUGGGAGUUCUGUGCCACCGUUUCCACGGACUGUGGUACAUGAAGAUGAUGUGGGCCUGGCUCCAGGCCAAGAGGAAGCCCAGGAAGGCUCCCCGCAGGGACAUCUGCUAUGACGCCUUUGUGUCCUACAGUGAACGGGAUUCCUACUGGGUGGAGAACCUCAUGGUCCAGGAGCUGGAGCACUUCAGACCUCCCUUUAAGUUGUGUCUUCACAAGCGGGACUUCAUUCCUGGCAAGUGGAUUAUAGACAAUAUCAUUGACUCCAUUGAAAAGAGCCACAAAACCAUCUUUGUGCUUUCUGAGAACUUUGUGAAGAGUGAGUGGUGCAAGUACGAGCUGGACUUCUCCCAUUUUCGUCUCUUUGAUGAGAACGACGAUGCUGCCAUUCUCAUUCUGCUGGAGCCCAUUGAGAAAAAGGCCAUCCCCCAGCGUUUCUGUAAACUGCGGAAGAUCAUGAACACCAAGACCUACUUGGAGUGGCCCGCUGAUGAGACGCAGCAGGAAGGGUUUUGGGUAAAUUUGAGAGCUGCAAUAAAGUCCUAGGAUCCCUCAUUAAGGGUCAGUCUUGGUCGGGUGGUGGUCUUUCUAUCACUAGUUAUAACUAAGUCCAUUCUGACCCAAUUAUAUGUAAACUAUAUGAAUGAGGACUUGCUUACUGAAACAACUAAAACUGUCCAAAAGCUGCUACCAGAUUGGAAAAACAUGGUUCUGGGCUUUUCUUUAUCCUAUGAGAUAAUCAUGAUCUCACUGCAUUAUUGAUAUCUGAAUUAUCUGUACCAAUUGACUUAGUGCAUUAGGAAACAGCAGAAAUGAGCAGAAGAUUUCAAAUGACUGUGUCCGUCAGCUUUCUGCCAGGAGACUCACGCAUGUCUGUAGAGGUCGUUCUCCAUCCCCGCAGCUGUCCCUUCUGUGCCUGAUUGCUCUCAAGAGCAGCAAGGCAAAAUGUUACUGCUGUUCUUAGAAAAAAAGUGCUGUGUGUCCUCAUUAAGCUUCACAGGAUACAAAAAACCCUAGAAGGUAUAUUUUCAUAUGAACUGGAUCUGUCUUUCUCGCUAUUUGAUAAGUUUCUCCAGCCAUAGUUACUUGAGAGAGGGUAUAUAACCCAAGAUGCAGUAAAUUAUGUAUUUCUAUGAAAAUGAAACUAAUGAAAUAUAUACUCAGUUUUGAAGGAUUUGAAAGAAUCCCCCUAUAUCCCUGACUCAGAUCUUCAGCCUUUAACUAUGUGUGAAGUUCUAAUUAGUGUCUGGUUACUCUGCUUUCAGCCCCAUCUUCUAGUCGGCUUCCCUUGCAUCAUGUUGCUUUUUCCUUCUUUGAAAAGUCUUGUUUCUGAUUUUUUCUCUUUUUGAAACAUUAUGAAUGUACGUAUGAGCUAAAUAGAUUUUUAAGCAAAUAUAGAUCUAGAGGUUCUUCACAAUGACUCAGAAAUAUUUGAUACACAAUAAUUUAAAAGAUAGAUACUACUUCCAUAUGUUAAUUUUUAGAAUCUAGAUAAUAAGACAUUAAGUGAAUACAUUAAAUUUAAAAGUGAGGAGCUAUUUAUGGACUUCAUCCAACUCACUCCUUAAGCUGGGAACCACAUGUGAAAGGAAGUGACCUUGCUCAGUCCUCAGCCAAAACUGGGUCUGUGUGGUUAGUUGGGGUCUGGAAUCAGAAGGACCUGGGUUAGUAUGCAUGUAUCUUUGGGCAACUCAAUCUGAUCCCAAAUAUUUUCCUGUCCUUAAGAUAGGGAUAAUAAUAAAUACAUCGUAGGGUCUGAUGUAGAUGUCAAUGUGCAGUAAUAUCAGUAAAGCACUGGCAUGUGCCCCUGGAUGAGGACCAACCCUAUGAGAAUGGGUACCAUGGGGUACUCGCACAGGGUGACAGGUGCCUGUGGUAGGUGUUAGCUAUUAUUAUUAUUUUCCAAGAAGGAAGUCCUCUUAUAUAUUAUGGUUUGUAAAUGAAUGUUUUUGUGUUAUGAGUACUAGCAGGGAUCUAGGGUAUAUUUUCUGUCGUUUGCAGAAAGUUAUCCCAAAGAAAUAAGUUCAUUAAGUGCAGGACAGGCUUUAGUCCUUGGGAAACCCAAACAGUGGGUUCUUCUAUCUCACACAAACUCCUGGGAGAGUGUAAUGGAGUACCCAGCCUAAGAAAAAAAUAGACAAGUUCAGGAGAAGGAGAGUUGAGAUGCCACAGAAACCAAACACAAAAUGGACUUUUUGCUUUAGUCCUCUAUUUCCUUCCUACAUUAAGCACAAUGUUAAUUGUCAUGAGAACCAGACAAAUUUAACGUGGACUUGACCUGUAGAUUUAAUUUCAAUAAUUUAAACAGCAAUAGAAAAGCUUCAUAGUUAAUUGAUAGAUUUAAAAUAAUAUUUUAAAAAUAAUCUAUUUUUCUCAUUGCAAAUGUUAAACUGUAGAAAAUUUGGACAAGAAACAAAAGCAUAUAAAAGGAAUUAAGAAUCAGCUCUUAUCCCUUUACCUUGAGAUAACCACUGGUAACUGAGUAGUAUAUACAUAUUACUUCACAAAACUGAGACUAGAUUUAAUUAAUUAAUUUAUUUAAAAUUAAUUUAUUUUUUGGCUGCGUUGGGUCUUCAUUGCUGUGCACGGGCUUUCUCUAGUUGUGGCAAGUAGGGGCUACUCUUCACUGUGGUGUGUGGGCUUCUCAUUGCAGUGGCUUCUUUUUGUGGAGCACGGGCUCUAGGCUCGUGGGCUUCAGUAGUCGUGUUGCAUGAGCUCAGUAGUUGUGGCGCAUGGGCUUAGUUGCUCCGCGGCAUGCGGGAUCUUCCCGGACCAGGGCUCGAACCUGUGUCCCUGCAUUGGCAAGCGGAUUCUUAACCACUGCGCCACCAGGGAAGCCCCUGAGAUUAGAUUUUAAAUGCCUAAACUGUGUAAAGGAAAUAGCAUCUUUAUUUUUUUCUGAUAUUGUUUAGUAAUUAUCUAACAUUUCUGAACUCUGAGGGUCAUUCAGAAUUCCAUGAAGACACAUGCUGGUUUACUUACCCAGAGUCCUAAAGGGUCUUCACUCUGCUCUCCAUAAAAGGCAGAUGGCAAAUACAUCAGAGGUGCAUUUAAGGGCUCUGCUACAAAAGGCAAACUAAUUUUUAGUUGGUGCUUUAUCCAGUUGUGAGGUCUUUUAUUUGUCUGUAGCCUGUAAGUUCAAAAAUCUUGAUUUAUCUCUUUAAUCCUUGCACAUGCCUGGUACGUAAUAAAUAUUGAAUUGUUGAAAUGUUUGCUGAGUAGAGAAAUAAAGCAGAGUUAAAUCUUCUAAUAA